CCUCGGAGGUGCCUGGGAUAAUCGAUGAUCAGUCUGUCGCCUCUUCUUCUUUGCUCGGAAUACCCGCACUCCCCCACGAUUGGAGGAUAAGUAGAGGAACAGGACAACCUUGAACUGUGAGUGUGCUGGAAACAGUGACUAGUGAUCGGUAUGGCAGCGUGCGGCCCCCCGUCAAGACUGGAUAAUUGAGUGUUUGUGUGGUGUUGGCGCGGCGAGUGUGGUGGCGCGGCACCAUGGUCCAGGAGACCGAGGAUAUGGCCGGACACCAGUACACCACAGAGGUGAUGAAGCCGAUGUCACUUGAGAUGUGCGAGGGCUGUGGGCGGACCAUCCAGGACAGGUUCAUCAUGCGGGUGAUCGACACGUCUUGGCAUGAGGACUGUCUGGUGUGCUGCGUGUGCCGCGUGCAGCUCCAACACUCCUGCUUCGCCCGUGACAGCAAGAUCUACUGCAAGCUGGAUUAUGACAGGCUGUUCUCGGUCAAGUGUGCAGGCUGCGGCGACCGUCUGCUGCCCCACGAGCUGGUCAUGCGGGCGCAGUCCCUCGUGUUUCACCUUCACUGCUUCGCCUGCGUCGUCUGUUGUCAGGUGCUGCAGAAGGGCGACCAGUACGUGCUGCGCGGCCACCAGCUCUUCUGCCGCGCCGACUACGAGAAGGAGAUGUUUCUGUUGCAGCAACAUGGGCCGCAGAGUGAGUGGCUGUGCCCCCUCGGCGAUGACUUUAUAGUGGAUGACGGGUCGCGGCCUCGAGACGGCAGACGAGGCCCAAAACGACCCCGGACCAUCCUGACGUCAGCACAGAGGAAGCAGUUCAUGGCCUCCUUCAGUGUGUCUCCGAAGCCCUGCAGGAAGGUACGGGAACAGCUGGCCAAGGAGACGGGCCUGAGCGUGCGGGUGGUGCAGGUCUGGUUCCAGAAUCAACGAGCCAAAAUGAAGAAGCUGCAGCGGAGAGCCAAGCAGACCGAGCACAACAACAACGACAAAGACGACAAGGACGACAAGGGCGACGUCGCUAAGAAGGAAGGAGGCGGAGAAGGCCAGUACGGCGGACUCACCCCCAUCGACUCCCUGGACUCCCCCUACGCCACGACGCCCAAGAGCUCGGCGGUGCCCUACUCCCCCGAGGGUGAGAGCUUCCCGGCCCACAGCGGCGACUCCUUCUGCGGCUCCGACAUCAGCUUCGAGGAGGGGCGCAUGGACCAAUUUGACGACCAAGGUGAAAUGUCGUCCGGGGGCAGCGCAGCGCCGCCCCCUAACCAGGCGCCGCCCGACGUGCCGACGAUGGUGGGCGUGACGGGCAGCAUGUAUCCCCAGAUCAACCCCAUUGACAAGCUCUACCUCAUGCAGAACUCCUACUUUGACCACUGACGCCAGCCCCUCUCUCGCCCUCCCGACACCCUCAAGCUGGGAGGUGUUGUCGCUAGUCUGAAGGAGAGUGAGACGCGGGGGCUGCAAUCCCAGCUGCCAGAGAGCGCCACACCUGGGGUCCCGGGCUGCCUACCCAGGGUCGGAGCCAUGCCUGUGGCGAGCUCCUUACCGAGAAUAGGCGGCAUUCCCGGGGUGGGUGGCCUUCCUACUUGGGAAUUCCCUUUCUAAUUUUUGAAACUUAAAAGACAACUCAUCCGGCGGCGGGGCGGGGCGAGGCGGGACCGGGCAACUUACUGGCGACUGGACCGAACCACACGUCAGCAUCCCCGGCCCUUCUUCCUCCUCCUUCUCCCGGAUACUGAUGGGUAGACAGAGACAAUUACAAGAGACGCCGGAAUAGUGAGGCUUUGCUGUCUGCCCGCCGCCGCCGCGCGCCCCACAGCUCGGCACCCCAGCUCGGCGAGGCUCCCGCCGUCACGCCCACCACCGCACGGACGCAACACCGGAGGACCGCGAGCACCAUCACACCAACACCGCCUCCACCAGCUCGCACCAAGGUCGCCGCGGUACUCUCCCCGCCGUCCUGUGCUGGGCUGCAGCAGCUGUGGGAGGCGUGGCGGGCGGGUCCUCUCCCUCCUUCCCUCCCUUGGCGGCGUCAGGUCCUGGCCCUCCCCGUAACAGAGCCGCCUCCAGCAGCCUUCACCAUGCAGCACGCAGCAUCAACCUCCCCGGGACAACAAAGCACGAGGGGGAGCCAGUGGAAGCCCCUCCUUCGUGUGUGUGUGCGUGUGUGAGGACAAAACAAAUGAGAGCGUCUCCGUUACUGGACAAAAUAGAGGAAAAAGUGUCUAACGCCUGUGAGUCUGGCCUGGCCGCGCCCCGACGCUUGUACAAAUGCCCAGCUGUGGCAGUGGAGACAAAAGCACUCCGCAGUAAAAUGAUCAUCUUUCAUGUAUAUAAAUGUGACGUGAAGCUCGUGUGAGUGCAACCUUUGCGAGUGUUAGCGGUGGCGGCGGUGGGUGACGGGCGCCAGCGGGAGGGAGCUACCUGCUGUGCUUACCUGCUUGGACACUGCGAUGUGGUGGAGGUAGUGCAUGGUGGUGGUGUUUGGCGGUGAUUAAGGUCGCUUUCCACCCACCCACUCACCCACUCACUCACCUACUCACCCACCCGCCCACCCGAUGCACAAGCUCACCACGACACAAGGACGUCAAAGUGAGAAAAAAUCAUGAGUUAACCAAAAUGUUCCUAGUCAACUAUGAGCUUUGAAAACUACAAAUGUAUGUUUCAUUGUAGGAUGUAUGUUAGACGCCCCCCACGAAGGGUCUGGGAGGGAGGAGAAGGGAAGAAAAGGAAGGCGGGAGUGAGGAACGAAAGGAAGGUUUAGUCUGAUCCCUCCCGCCGAAUCCUUCCUGUCCCGCCCCUUCCCUCCCGGCGUGUAAAAAUGUCCUCACAAGUUCACGAUCAUGUUAUACCAAAGAUUUUAGAAUUUAUAAUCUCGAAAUAACACUGUUCCUCUGUCUUUCCCUUUCUACACUAUGACAUCGUCCACCACCUUAUCAUCAUCACUAUCAUCAUCACCAUCAUCAUUAUGUACGUACAUGUAUAUAUAUGUAUGUAUGUAUCUUUUACGCUGACCGCGGCUUUCGAGUAUCUUCGGUUAUUUUUUACAUGUGAUAAUCAUUAGCCUUUAGUUUCUGUGCAUGUCUGUGUUACGUCAUGGCUCGUAUGAGGUCUUUGUGGAGGCCUGUGGCAGCGUUACCAUAUUAUCGUACUGAAAACAUCGCAUUUAUCAGUUCCAGGGCCCAAAACUCUCCUAACCACACAGAUAACGACAUUCUAGUUAAAGUUAUCGUUAAAAGCGUUACUUAUUGGUGUUUGUUUGCGAUAGCUGUGAGUCAGAAACCGGAAAAUACAAUGUGCUGCAUGGCUGAGUACGAUAAUUUGGUAACACUGGUCUGUGGACGAUUUGCAAGACUUGGUAUCAACACACGCACCUCAGUCAUCCCCUUUGCCCCUCUACCCCGCGCAGACGCCUUGCCCUUCCCGUGUGUGGUGUGUGACCCUCGUAGGCUGUGACGUGAGGUGGCUCUGCAGGGGAGUGGACGGUGGAUGUGGAGGAAGAGGGUGGAGAGGUGGAAGGUAAUGGGGUGGGUAGUGGUGGUGGUGGAGAAAUACAGUACUCCUGAUAGCGGCGAUUUUACAUUUUCGUUUUUUUUUUGUUUAUCUUUCUGUUUCUUUUCCAUUCUCUUCUUUUUGCCUGUUCGUAUGCACUUUUGUCCGGUUCUCUCUCUCUCUCUCUCUCUCUCUCUCUCUCUCUCUCUCUCUCUCUCUCUCUCUCUCCCUUAUUAGUAAACAUUCCCUUUAAAGCAAGAGCAGUAUGAGUGACGCUUCAUUAUAUUUCAUGGAACGGUGUAUUCAUGUUAAUUCCGUUGAUGCUGCCGCUGAGUCACAUGCAAAAGCUAUGUAAUUGUAGCUUUUGAACAAUUCGCUGGACAAAAAAAAAAUAGUAUAUAUGUUAUCAGUGUCAUUAUGUGUUUGCAAUGAUCGGCUCUCAAAAAGUUAAUUAGAAGUUUCAUGAAUAUAGGACGUUUUAUGAACAGAUUUGGUACUUUGGUUGCCAAUGAGAGAGAAAAAAUAUAUGAUUAUGUUUCCGUCUGAAUCUCAUGGUUUGAAGGCAACUUUUCCUGACUGUAAAAUUCACGAACUGGUCGAUCAUUCAGAUAUUGGUGUAUACAUAAGCAGCUGUCUCGCUCGUUUCGAAGAACUAACUGGUGUUUCAUUGCCUUUUAUUUCGUUCAUGUACUUUUUUUUUAAUUCUUUGUGUCUUGGCUUAAUUUGUUACUUUUUUGAGAAUGCGUUUUUUCUGUGAUUUACAAGGUUCCUCUUUGUAAGCCGUCUCUGUUUUGUGCAGCGGACGUUCAGCUCCGCAUUCAAAGCUUGCAGACCACCGGCCCUAACCGUUCACGUCAUCGCAUCCCAUCAUCCCCUCCGUAGGUCAUCCCUAUAUCUGUUCUGUGUAGCAGACGUGCAGCGCCGUGCUCAGGCCUGCAGACCACCGCCCCGAACUGUUCACGUCAUCGCAUCACUUCUCGCGCCCUUCAAAUUCCGCAGCGGCAACACGCGCGGAAAGUUACAUCGUACUUCGUCCUUCAUGUUCACUCUGUCCUUCAAGCGUGGUCGCCGACAGCACGCCAGACGCCGCCUUACCGCUGAGCUGAGGAGUCGCAUCACCAAGGGCCACCUCCUGCAGCGUGUUGUAGGGCCGCGUGCUGGGGCGUGAGCUGAGGCGUCCCGCUGAGGCUGCCGGCCCGUCAGUACCGUCUGGCGUCCGCAGGUCCUCACUGUGUCACGAGGUGUAAAUAAUGCUAAAUGUCUUGAA